AUGUUGUGCUGCGGAGGUGCAGAGGAAGAGAGCAGUGGCCCACCUGCAAACCAAUACACUGCACCACCUAGAGGGGGUAACACCUACGGUGGAGGAGGUAACAUAUUCAUUUUUAUAUAUGGCAAUGAUAGAGGAGAGCCAAGGGGCAAUGUUGUCAAGAGUGGUGCUCCACAGCAAGGAUUACCGAUUGAGAUACCCGUUAUGCCAUUGGACGAGUUAAAUAGGUUAACAGGAAACUUUGGUGAAAAGGCUUAUAUUGGCGAAGGUUCCUAUGGAAGGGUUUACUAUGCAAAAUUGAGUAAUGGUACUGAUGCUGCAAUUAAGAAGCUGGAUACUAGUUCUUCACCAGAACCUGACUCCGAUUUUGCGGCUCAGUUAUCAGUUGUUUCAAGACUGAAGCAUCAAAAUUUUGUGGAGUUGAUUGGAUAUUGUCUAGAAGCAAACAACAGACUUUUGGUUUACCAAUAUGCAAGUUUGGGUUCUUUGCAUGACAUAUUACAUGGAAGGAAGGGUGUACAAGGUGCUGAACCUGGCCCAGUUUUAAGUUGGAACCAGAGAGCAAAAAUUGCAUUUGGUGCAGCAAAAGGACUUGAGUAUCUUCAUGAAAAGGUUCAGCCUUCUAUAGUUCAUCGCGAUGUUAGAUCCAGCAAUGUCUUACUCUUCAAUGACUAUGAGGCCAAGAUUGCUGAUUUCAGCUUGACAAAUCAGUCUUCUGACACAGCAGCUCGGCUACAUUCAACAAGAGUCUUGGGAACAUUUGGUUAUCAUGCUCCAGAGUAUGCCAUGACUGGGCAGAUAACCCAGAAAAGUGAUGUUUACAGUUUUGGGGUUGUGCUUUUAGAACUCUUGACAGGAAGAAAGCCAGUAGAUCACACAAUGCCCAAAGGGCAACAAAGUCUUGUAACUUGGGCAACUCCAAGGCUGAGUGAGGACAAAGUUAAACAAUGUGUGGAUCCUAAACUAAACAAUGACUAUCCACCAAAGGCUAUUGCUAAGUUGGCAGCUGUUGCAGCACUUUGUGUUCAGUAUGAAGCUGACUUCCGGCCAAACAUGACAAUUGUUGUCAAAGCUCUUCAGCCACUUCUCAAUUCAAGACCGGCUGGUCCUGACUCUAGUGCUUGA